AUGAACAGCAAGAAUACGAUAGUAUACGUCAAAGUACCUGGACGGCAACGGGAGGGCUUUGUGGAUCCACCUCCUUUUGAAUGGAACCAGCAUCAGGAUCGUAAACUAUGGGCGCAUAUCUCAACUAUAGAAGAUAAGGAUGAUAUCGAUUGGCAACUGCUGUCAAACCAGACUAAUGCACCCGAGUUCUUCAUCCGCAAGAGAGUGUAUCAGCUUUUCCGCGUGCAUUUAAAAUCAAUCGAGCAAGAAAUAUAUUCACAUACAAGUGCGGAUAGAGCCCCCAAUCGCUCUUCGCAAGCGGGAGACGAACCUGCAGCAAGUGUUGGAGUUUUGAAUGGUUAUGGACAAAAUAUAAACGAUAUCCACGAUCUAAGUAGUCUACAGACACCUCCCACUUGCCGUGGGAAGGCGAAUAAGGAUGAGGAUGGAGGAAACAGUUCUGGAAUCAGUGAACUGUCAAGUUUAAGCGUGAGCAAGUCUGCAUUGGAAGAGGCAUUAAUGGAUCGACUGCAACUCUAG